AUGCCCCGUGCUGUCGACGUUGCAUUUUGGUCCCUCCGUUUGAACGGAUGGCGGGACAACGGCACGGCAGGGGAGGAGGCGGAGGUGGUCGUCGGGGCGGCGGCUGCGGUGGUGGUGAUGCGUGUUGUUCUGUGGCCCAAGGCGGACGUGGUGGUAGUCAGAAUACCCGCCGAGGGCUUUUUCCUCAGCGUCGGCGGUUGUGUUGCCGUGGUAGUUGAUUCUCGCGGGUCGGCGGGUGGGUGCGAAGGAGGGAUUGGGGGCGGAGGCAUCGCGUUCGAUUCGCUAUGGCGGAUUUCUAAAGCCGCUAUUUCUCAGAACUCGGUGCGAAAGUCAAUAAACCGCUCCCACGAAGGGCCAAUCUCGAGGAAAUAA